AUGAGCACCACCCACCUAUCCGCCGCGCAGUCCCGCCCACCUACUGCCGACGCACGAUUACCACCGCCUCCCUCCGGCGACGAGCCAGACGCCCGCCACCCGCCCCCGCGCUCCUUCUCCCAGCCGCAACUCCCCUACCACUUCCAGCCCCCAACCACACCCGGCUCCGCGGCCCCGUCGCUGCACCACCUCACGCUCCCGCGGCACCUCACCCCCGCCAUGCGCGACAGCUUCGCCCCCAUGUGUGCGUCCGCGCGCACGUCGUACACCCGCGUCGACGCCACGGCGACCGUCCCCGGCACACCGCGCGCAGAGGCCGAGCAGCUGCAGGACCUGCCCGUGCUUGCGGCCGCCGAGGGCACCGCAGAGGGCGCGGACAACGAGAAGGAGACGGAGACGGACGGCGCGGGCGACGCGGGGCUGCCCGCGCUCCCGCAGGCCGUGCUGACGUUCCUGCUCGUGUCGGGCCGCCGGCGCACGAUGGCGUUCGACCCCGAGACGACGAUCGGGCGCAUGAAGGAGCUGGUGUGGAACGCCUGGCCGAAUGAGUGGCAGGACGAGCGUCCGCCCGCGCCGUCGUACUUCCGCGUACUCUACCUCGGCAAAAUCCUCCAGGACGACGACACCCUCGCGAAAUGGUCCUUCCCCCUCUCGCACCCCCAGUCCAGCGCGUCCGCGGCGCCGCAGAACCCGACCAUCGUGCACCUCUCCGUCCGCGCACACGCGCCGGCCAUGGAGGACACGCCGAAGAAGCGCCGCGGCGGCGGCGCGGGCGAGGAGGGCGAGGGCGCGGGGUGCUGUGGGUGUGUGGUCUGCUGA